CGACCAUUAUUUGGCGGGAAACAAGCGGCUAAUUCCAAAAGGCUUAAAAUUUCCUAACCCCUAUUUCUCAUGCAAUCCACUUUCUACUGCACAUGCUCCAGUUCUCUCCAGUUUUCACUUUCAUGGAGAACCCAAAAGGGUUCCUUUUCAAAAACCCAAAAAUUAGGCUUCAAAACCCUAAUUUUAUCCAAUUCACUGCGAACCCGAAUUGACUACAAGCCCGAAAAGGACUUCGAUGAUAGGAUAGAGUCCAUAAAGCCGGCAUGGCUCCCUGUGGUGAUACGGAAGUCAGGGAAGGUUUCUAGGUACUUCUGGGAUGGGAAUUGUGUGCAGUUAGUGAGUGUUGAUGGUGGUACAUCGUCGCUUAAUUUGGAUUUCAGUGAUGGGUUUCAAGAGCUUUUCAGGGUUUCUAGUUUGGUUUUUAGGAAUUUCUUUAUCCCCAAACAAGUGAGGGAGAAUUAUGUCGGGUACGUAAAGUGGAAAUUCUUGCACCGGGUUUUUAGUUCUGCUCUUCAGGUUCUUGCCACUCAGGCAGUAUUCCGGGCUAUUGGAAUUGGUUACACUCGUUCACUUGCUGGUGCAGCUGCCCUUAAGUGGGCCUUGAAGGAAGGACUUGGACGGCUAAGCAGGGGCAUCUACACUGCUAGUGCAGCAUCUGCUUUCGACACCAAUUUGAAGAGAGUUAGGUUCUCAACCUCUAUUUUGUUCAGUUUGAGCAUUGGAGUUGAGCUGCUCACACCCGUGUUUCCCCAAUACUUCUUGCUCCUUGCAUCAAUAGCCAACAUUGCAAAACACAUAAGCCUGUCAUGCUACUUGGGAACCAGUUCUGCUAUUCAUAGAAGCUUUGCAGCAGCAGAUAACCUUGGUGAAGUUUCUGCAAAGGCCCAGGUUCAAUCAUUAUGCUUUGAUAACCUUGGUCUCAUGCUUGCUGUAGCUUUGAAUAUGUUGCUCCAGAGCAAUCGAAGAUUGCAAGCAGUGCUGCCCUUCGUCAUCUACCCCCUUUUCUCAGCAGUUGAUCUUUUUGGAAUAUAUCAGGGGCUGAAGAAUGUUCAUCUGCAAACAUUAACUAAGGAUAGAGUUGAAAUCAUACUUAAUAGAUGGAUUGAGAUGGGAUAUGUACCUUCACCUGAAGAAGUGAGUAAAGAGGAAGAAAUCAAUUUUAUGUGGAGCAAAGGCAAAGAAAUGUGGCCCAUCAGAAUAGGGUCUUUGAAUCCCAAGGGUCAAAUAUCCAAAUCAUUGUUGAUGGCAAUGCAAUCUGUUAGUGAAAAGGACCAUUACUUCAUAUGCAUAGAGAUGAUAUACAAAGGAUUCAAAAGAACCAGAAAGCAAGGGAUCCUUCUUUUUCUACAUGAAGAGGCUCAGACAGAAGAUGUUAUCAUGGGAUUGUUGCAGGCUUGCUAUGUCCGCAAGGCCCUCCUUUCAAGCAGUAGGUGGGAGAGCAUGUUAAAGACAAGUGAUUCCUCAAAUUGUAUUUUCAAAGAGUGGUUUAACCUUAUUGAAGAUAGCAGGCAAUGGGCACAGCAGGAGUUUUUCCUUAUGAAUGAGCAAAUGUCAGCACUCGGUUGGACAACUAGAAACAUCUUGCUGAAUGCAGCAGAACAGGUCCGAUAUAGUUUUAGUUAUAAACAGCCAACUCCCAAAGAGGACCUUGGUGCCGCAAAGCCAUCAUCACUCCCACUAGUGAUACAUAAGUCUGGGAAGGUCUCUAGCUAUUUCUGGGAUGGGAAUCACUUGCAUUUAGAGAGUGUUGAGGGUGGUGCAUCAUCAUUUAAUUUGGAUUUCAAUGAUGGGUUUCAAGAGCUUGUCAGGGUUUUUAGCUUGGCUGUUAGAAACUUAUUUAUUCCCAAACAAGUGAGUGAGAAUUACAUUGGGUAUGUGAAGUGGAAGUUAGUGUGCCGGAUUUUUAGCUCUGCUCUUCAGGUUCUUGCCACUCAGUCAAUGAUUCGGGCUAUUGGAGUUGGUUACUCUCAUUCACUUCCUUCAGCAGCUGCCCUUAACUGGGUUUUGAAGGAGGGGCUUGGACGGUUAAGCAGGUUCAUCUAUACAUCAAGCAUGGCAUUUUCUUUUGACACCAAUUUGAAGAGAGUUAGGUUCUCAACCUCUGUUCUAUUCAGUUUGUGCAUUGGAGUUGAGCUGCUCACACCCACGUUUCCUCAGUACUUCUUGCUUCUAGCAUCAUUAGCCAAUGUUGCAAAACAAAUAAGCCUGGCAUGCUACUGGGCAACCAAUUCCCCUAUUCAUCGAAGCUUUGCUAUAGCAGAUAACCUAGGUGAAGUUUCUGCAAAGGCCCAGAUUCAAUCAGUGUGCUUUGAUACCCUUGGUCUUGCGCUUGCUGUAGCUUUGAAUAUGUUGCUCCAGAGCAAUCAGAGAUUUCAAGCAAUCCUGCCUUUCAUCAUAUACCCCCUUUUCUCAGCAAUUGAUCUUUUUGGAGCAUACCAGGGCCUCAAGCAUGUUCAUCUGCAAACAUUAACCAAGGAUAGAGUUGAAAUCAUACUUAAUAGAUGGAUGGAGAUGGGGUAUGUACCUUCACCUCAGGAGGUGAGUAAAGAGGAAGAAAUCAGUUUUAUGUGGAGCAAAGGCAAAAAACUGUGGCCCAUCAGAAUAGGGUGUGUGAAUCCCAAGGGUCAAACAUUCAAGUUACUAGAGAUGACAUUGCAGUCUGUUGGCGAUAAGGACCAGUACCUUGUAUGCGUGGAGAUGAUCCACAAAGGAUUCACAACUACUGGACAGCAAGGGAUCCUACUUUUUCUACGUGAAGGCGCUCAGACAGCAGAUGUUAUAAUGGGAUUGUUGCAGGCUUGCUAUGUCCGCAAGGCCCUCCUUUCAAGCAGUAGGUGGGAGAGCCUGUUCAAGACAAGUGAUCACUCAGAACUGAUUUUCAAUGAGUGGUUUAAGCUGAUUGAGGAUAGCCGGCAAUGGGCGCAACAGGAGUUUUAUCCUUUGAAUGAACAAAUGUCUGCACUAGGUUGGGCAGUUAGAAACAUAUUGCUCAAUGCGGAGGAGCAGAUCCGAUACAGUCAUGUAGACGACUGACAUGUCACACAUCUCUUCCAUGGUCAAGGCUGCUCUCCUUCUGCCCAUAGGAGAGUUUUUGGGGUUUUUCUUCUGUCAGAUUCUUUUACCUGUCUUCAGGUUAUGAGUUCAGCUACCAACAGCUAACAUGUCAAAUUUGCAAUUACAGGAAAUUCACACCUCAUUGUUCCUCACUUGUACUGUUGUACACAUUAGAUGUAAAUAGAGAACCAAAGAAAAAAAAGAAGUGAAAAAAAGUUGUCAAACAUGAUUUUUGUUAAAAUAAAUGGAUCUAGUGUUU